GUGUAUUUUAACAUGAAGGUCUUCGUUUGCUUAUUGGUAUUAGCCGUUGCUGCAGCCCAAGCUGGCUACAUCAGCUCCGGCGGAUGGUCUGGGGGCGGCGGCGGCGGUGGUUGGAGGUCCGGCGGCGGCGGUUGGUCUAGCGGCGGAGGCGGCUGGAAGUUGGGCGGCGGAGGUGGUGGAUGGUCCGGCGGCGGUCUUGGAGGCGGCGGUGGAUAUGGAGGUGGAUACGGAGGCGGCGGUGGAUACGGAGGUGGUAGCACUGUGAAAGUGAUCAAGGUUAUCGUACCAUCCGGCGGCGGUGGCGGCGGAUUCGGCCACGGAGGCGGCGGUGGAUUCGGAGGUGGUUAUGGAGGCGGCUAUGGGGGUGGCUGGAAAUCCGGCGGCGGGGGCGGUUGGUCUUCCGGUGGCAGCGGAUGGAAAUCCGGCGGUGGCGGCGGAUGGUGGUAAACCACAAACCACUUCAUAUGAUGCCCCCAACUUCUUGCGUGAUAUUUAAAAAAUUAUAAAAAAAAAUAAUCAAAGAAAUACGAAUCAAUGAA